AACAGUACGUCUGCGUGUCCGACCACAAUCUUCACUCUUGUGUGAACAGUAGUUUAGGACGAGUCGACGUGAGUUUGUGAUUAAAAAAUAUUAAUAAUAAUCGUUCCGAGUUUUUUUUUUUUUAAUUUCUCAGUCAUUAUUAUUGUUAUUAUUAUUUUCAACCGUUUCCGAACGCGCACACUCGGUAUAUUAUUAUAAUAGUACACAGUUUGAGACCGGUGUUUUUUUUUUCUCUAUUAUUACUAUCAAUAUUAAUAUUGUUAAUCGUUCAUCCUCGAUCGGUUUUAUUAUUAAUUUUUUUUUAAUCACACGACGUUCACUCGAACAACUAAAUGUCACACGCGUCCGAAGUGUACUGUUUUCUCAAUAAAAGCCCGUCGGCCGCUCCAGUAGUGUAGUGGUUCGUAGUCGUCGAAAACACCAUCCGCAAUCGUAUCCGUAAACAGUCGCGAGUCCAUACAUAUCGUGCGGAGGAAGUCUGCACAACACCCUGACCCGACAGCGCGCACGCGUCAACGAUGACAGCCACCCGCAAGAUCGUCGUGCUGUUACUGGCCUGCGCACUACAAGGGUUAUGCCAAGAACAAAAGCAACACGCCGAGUUCAAGUGCCCCGAAGAAUUCGGAUACUAUCCACACCCGAACGAUUGUUCGCAGUAUUACGUUUGCGUCUUCGGUGGCGCCCUGCUAGAGUCAUGUACCGGAGGACUAAUGUACAGCCACGAGUUACAAACAUGCGAUUGGCCUCGUAAUGUUGGAUGUGGAUCUGAGACAACGGCUAGCCAAUCUGACAAUCAGGAAAACACACUACCAUUGGCCCGAUCAUCGGAUCGUCAAAGGCAUCCAUCAGCACAACCACAGAGAGCUACCCCGUCCCUGUUCAAUCAGCAGCAUCAACAAAUUCAAGACCAACAAGUCAAUGAACAACUUGUGAAACAACAGCAGUUGUACGAAGAAGAAGACUUCAGAGCAAUUGAGGAUGACAGUGAUAGACAACAAAGGGUAUAUAGAGGUCAACCUUCAACACUGGGUCAAGUAGCUAGGGACAGAGACGGCAUUUCUAAACAUAGAAAUAUUAUACCGCAAUUCGUUGGUGUGGAAAAAAACAAACAGUUCCAAGUACCAAAUCAAAAUUACAGAAACAAUACGAGCAAAAACAAUGGUAAACAACGUUUUAAAAGACAGACCCAACAGAGCUACCGCAGAUUGACAAGACCAAGACCAACUGAGAUGACGAUGUCAACAACCAAUUAUGCCUUGCGCAAGUUACCAAAAGACUACCGGAUCUCUAGACCUUCAUCAUACGUACCAAUAACAAACUCAAAUAACUCGAGACAACAAAAAAGAUGUUUAUAUGAAUCAAAAAUGUAUCCCGGGCUUAUGAUUCCAUGUCCCACUAGACGAUACCGAAUGCCUCCUUAUCGCCAACAGCACCAUGAAGAUGAAGAUGUUUAUGAUCAGGUUGAAGACGAACCACCGAAAGUUAACGAAGAAAUAGAGGACAAAGGUGAUUAUGAUUAUCCUGAAAAUCAAAAUCAAGAAGAAUACGAAGAAGAAAGUCCACAACCACAAAACGCUGAUGAAGAAUUCGAACAAUUAUUAACUCGAGUAAAAUGUAAGGGUAGACACUGUGACCAAACCGAUGAAAAUAAAUACGAAAAUAAAGAAAACGAAAGCCAAGAAAAUGAAAAUCAGGAAUACGAAAAUGAAGAAGAUGAAAGCCAAGAACAACUUCCUAAUUCUAAUGAAGAUGAACGUACUUUACCAAAACCAAAACCUAAACCAAAACCUAUUCCAAAACCGAAAGGAAUAAAUCCAAAACUAAAACCUUUAGCAGUAAUUCAUAAUUAUCAACCAGCGAAUUUCACAAAGAUUAGGAAUAGAGAUAAAGACGGGAACCCAGUAGAUAGUACAAAUAAAGAAGAAAUCGAAGAAGAAGAAGAAGAGGGAGAAAAUAGUCAAGAAAGUAGACUUGAAGAUGUAGAAGAAUAUAAUAAUAACGAAGGCGAUGAUCUACAAGAUGAUGAAUAUUACUAUGACGAUGAAGAAGAAUAUGAUCAGACGCCAAAAAGACCCAAAAUACCUCAUAAGUUAGCAAACAUUGAUGAUAUGAAAUUUAAAGUUGAAGGAGACGAACCUUCGGAAAGUAUAUCUAAGAACACCGUACUAAAAAAUGUAUCAAAAACUAAUGAUUUACAUAAGCCGGAAUCCACCCAAGUAAACUUAACACCACCAAUACCGAAACCGUAUGAUUCAGCUGCAGAAGCUUAUACUCGUGUCAAAGACAAGAAUAAACCACAAGACCAACAAGUUAUGCAAAUGGCUAUUCAUGAAACUACUGUUGCUAUUAAUUUAUUCGAUGAACGAAAAAAUAAAUAUAAAUUUCCUACUAAGAUUGACUCGACAACGGUAUCGGCCAUAUAUAGGCCGAAACCAACUGUCCGACCAAACAUUUUUAAAAGACCUCAACAGAUUUCUGUUCCAUCAUAUGCAAUUGAACAAACCGUACAACCUGUAACUACUGUGAAAACCACAACUUCUACUAGUAAUCGCAAUGGAACUCAAUAUGAUCCCGCUUUCUACAGUAUAUAUGAUGACGAUUCUGAAAUCUACAAGGAUGUAGAUUAUGGUCAAUUUACUCUAUCAUCAGUAAAUAAUAAUAAUAACAACAACAACAAUAAUAGAUUAAAAUCUCAAACUCAACCACAAACUCAAUCGCAACCACAACAAGAUACGUUCAGAGUCGCCGCACCUUUGCAACAACCAACACAAAGAUACCAAGCUAAUACAUAUAUGCCAGAAUAUAACCUUAAAAUCACUGAAGAAGAAGCUCAACGAGAUCAACAGACCAAAGCAACCUACAGGUCAACAAUCGUCGGUGUAAGUCCCUUCGUACCGGACCGCUCGACAUUAAAAUUCCCCACGCAGUCUUCUGCACCAUCAAAGUUUACCCUCCCCACAUCGUCAUCCACACCUUCAACACUAACAUACCCUACAUCUUCCACAACUCUGUCGACAAUCCUUUCUUUUCCAUCGACUCCUUCAUUAUUCCUGCGACCUCCAUCACCUCAAGGCAGCUAUUUAUGGACUACCAUGUCCACCACUCAAAAAUCAAGACCUACCCCGGAUUUCAGAAUAAUCGUAGAUCCUUAUAGCACGAAACAGUAUGAUGUAACCACACAUCGAGGUACAGUUAAGACCACGCCACCUAGAAUAAGAACCACUCAAACGCCUACCAUCACUUCCACCACAAGUACAACUACCACAACAUCGACCUCCACGGUCAGAUCGGUGGAUUUCGAUCAAGAGUAUGACAUUGUGGUUGAAGAUGAGAGAACAGGCUAUAUUGAUGAUAAUUCAGUAGAGAAAACUAGUACAACUUCCUCGACCACUUCUGCCCCUAUAAAAUCAUCAGAUUUUAGAAAUCCUAAUAAUAACCCAAGAGUCAAGAGCGGUCCGAGUAUUCAGCCAGUCACAGUACCAGCACCUACGAGCAAAACAGUAACCGAAUGCCGAGAGUGCAACGAAAAACCAUCAAGAGGCAGAGUGAGGGGAGGUGCAACAUAUACAACGGCAAGCAGUAAUGAUAUCGAUAGAGGAACUCCUCUGGCUGGAAGAACGAGACCAACGUUAAAACCAUCUACAUCUAUAGUCAGCAAAGCAACGGAAUUCGUCGAUGUGUAUAAAUACCCGCCGAGACGACCUGAUCCGAUCUAUCCUACGCCACAACCCGAUAAAACUGCGGCGAAAUGUCGCAAAGACGUGUGCCAGUUACCAGACUGUAGUUGUGGUGGCAAAGAAAUACCCGGCGAUUUGGCUCCUGAAGAAACUCCACAAAUUGUCUUGUUGACUUUCGACGAUUCAGUUAACGAUCUGAACAAAGGACUUUAUACUGAUCUGUUUGAAAAAGGCCGAGUCAAUCCCAAUGGCUGUCCGAUCAGUGCUACUUUUUACGUUUCCCACGAAUGGACGGAUUACAGCCAAGUACAGAAUUUAUACGCCUCUGGUCACGAAAUAGCCUCGCAUUCAGUCUCACAUAGUUUCGGUGAACAAUUCUCGCAAAAGAAAUGGACAAAAGAAAUCGUCGGACAAAGAGAAAUACUGUCCGCUUACGGUGGAGUGAAACAAGAAGAUAUAAGAGGAAUGAGAGCACCGUUUUUAGCUGUCGGAGGAAAUAAAAUGUUCAAAAUGUUGUAUGAUAGCAACUUUACUUACGAUUCAUCCAUGCCAAUUUACGAGAAUAAACCUCCUAGCUGGCCAUAUACACUUGAUUAUAAAUUAUUCCACGAUUGUAUGAUACCACCGUGUCCGACCAGAUCAUACCCAGGUGUCUGGGAAGUUCCAAUGGUUAUGUGGCAAGACUUAAACGGAGGCAGAUGUUCCAUGGGCGACGCUUGUAGUAAUCCGCCAGAUGCAGAUGGUGUAUCUAAAAUGUUGAUGAAAAAUUUUGACAGACAUUUUACCAGUAACAGAUCUCCAUUUGGACUGUUUUACCACGCAGCCUGGUUUACACAGCCUCAUCACAAAGAAGGUUUCAUCAAAUUCUUAGACAACAUUGUAAGCAUGCCUGAAGUUUGGAUCGUCACCAAUUGGCAAGCCAUCCAAUGGGUGAGAGAUCCUACAUCAAUUUCCAGAUUACAGUCGUUUACACCAUUCCACUGUGAUUUAUCGGAGAGACCGAAGAAAUGCAACAAUCCAAAAGUGUGCAACCUGUGGCACAAGUCGGGUGUAAGAUACAUGCGAACGUGUCAGCCAUGCCCAGAUGUAUAUCCGUGGACGGGAAAAUCUGGAAUCAGAAGUAGUCGAAUUGACGACGGCACGGAAUAAAAAACACGACGACAUAGGCCAACACGAUUUAGAAUUAUUAUUAUUAUUAUUAUUAUUAUUUUUAUUAUUAUUUUCAAUGUAAAUUAUGAACAUGUGAUCACUUUUUCACAUCGUAUUUUGGCACGACGUUGAAAAACUGAUUACAUGUAAGAUACUCACACACGAACACGCUCAAUAUUUCAGUAAAUACAAAUCGUUUGGGAAAAUA